UAGCGGGAAGGAAAUUCAUUUUCAGUGAUUUUACGAUCGUUUUUCCUAGCUUCCUGUUCAAAUAUAAGUUAAGAUGACAAGCCUCCAUAUUAUCAUUGGUCUUGGACUCCUCGGACUCUGCUCAAGCGCUCCAAUUGAUGCCACAUCAGGAGAGAGUUACCCUUUAAAUAGAGCACUGAAGGUCGGGGACGUCAUUUCGGCUUGGGGAAUCUACGUGGAUGACACUACAGAAAAAUUCAAUGUCAAUAUUAUCGGUGAUGAUGUCAACAUUCUCCAUGUGGACUUUAGACCAUUCAUUGACACGAUUGUACUAAACAACAAUGUUAACGGAGCUUGGCAGGCGGAAGUCAGACCAGCGUUCGGAAGAGACACGUUCGUAUCUGGCGAAGUCUUCAAAGUCACAAUUGAGGUCCUAGAUUCGGAAUACAAAAUCUCCUUCAACGAUGAAGAGAUUGCUGCUAGAUUCCCACAACGAGAUGACAUUACUCUAGCCAACGCUGUGGCGCUACGAGGGGGAAGCAACGGAUUCCAGUGGACAAAGAUCGAACUGCCAGCUGAUGGAGGAUGGUCUGACUUUUCUGAUUGGUCUGAGUGCUCGGUUGCAUGCGGAGGAGGAUCUCAAAGUAGGAGCAGAAGUUGUUCCAACCCUGCCCCAGCAAAUGGAGGAGCUGAUUGUGAUGGAGACGAUUCGGAAUCUCAAGACUGCAAUGCUGACCCUUGCCCCGUUGACGGAGGAUGGUCUGAUUUUUCGGAUUGGUCUGAGUGCUCUGCUGCAUGUAACGGAGGAUCUCAAAGUAGAAGCAAAAGCUGUUCCAACCCUGCUCCAGCAAAUGGAGGGGCCGAUUGUGAUGGAGAUGAUUCAGAAUCCCAAGACUGCAACACUGAUCCCUGUCUAGCUGUUGGAGGACAGAGGUACAUUCUGGCUAGACCAUUGGCAGUAGGUGAUAUCAUCGAAGCUUGGGGGAUCUACAAAGAUAUUACUACGGUCAAAUUCAACGUGAACAUUCUUGGUGACGAAAUCAACCUUCUUCACGUGGACUUCAGACCUUACAUUGACACAGUCGUUCUGAACAACAACGUCAACGGGGCAUGGCAGGCAGAAGUCAGGCCUGCGUUCAGCAGGGAUAAUUUCGGAGCUGACGAGAUGUUUAAGGUUACGAUUGAGGUCCUAGAUGCGGAAUACAAAAUCUCCUUCAACGAUGAAGAGAUCGCUGCUAGAUUCCCUCAACGGGAUGAAAUUUCUUUGGCUACUGCUGUGGCUCUCUUUGGCGGCAGUAACGGUUUCCAAUGGACAAACCUCAACUUGCCCAAAGCACUGGAGGCAGUUGCAUUUUAAGUGGUUAAGCCUGACCAGAUAACCUAAAGAUUGGUAAUUAAAGGAUAAUGUGUAUGAUACUGAGAACUACUUCCUUUAACAGACUGUUCUUUUUUAUUGGCUGAAGCCGAUCUUUAUAAUCAUCAAAAGUAAAAUGCACAUUUUCUGAUUUUCAAUUAUAAAAGCAUGUUAUUGUUUGGAAUUCAACUUUUUGAACCUUGAUUAUUGUGCAAUUUCAGAACAGAUUUCGGUUAUUUUAUUUUAUUUUUCUGUUCCGCCAA